AUGGUCAGGAAGUCCUUGGUUGCUGGGGUGGUGGUCCUGCUGGUGGUUGCUCUGGGGCUGUUUGCUGGCGUCUUCAUGGGCAUGGGAAACCCAAGUCCCAUUUCCCCCUCAGACCAUUACUACUCCAGAGCUGCUGUGGCAGCAGACGCUGGGACCUGCUCUGAGGUGGGCAGGGACAUUCUGAAGAAGAAUGGCUCAGCGGUGGAUGCAUCUAUCGCUGCCCUUCUGUGUGUGGGGCUUCUGAACGCACACAGCAUGGGCAUUGGAGGGGGGCUGUAUUUCAUCAUCUACAACGCUACAACAGGGAAGGUUGAAACCAUCGACGCGAGGGAGACAGCGCCCAUGAACGCGACUGUAGACAUGUUUGGCAAUAACACCCAGCUGUCUCGGAAAGGUGGAUUGUCCAUAGCCAUUCCAGGGGAGAUCCGUGGUUACGAGAUGGCACACAGGAGACACGGCAGGUUGCCAUGGAAGGAACUGUUUGUUCCCAGCAUUGCUCUGGCACGUGAUGGCUUCCCCAUUGGAAAAGCUUUGGCCAACGCCAUCUCCAAAAACAAAGAGUUUAUUCAAGGAGAUGCUAAUAUGUGUGAAGUGUUUUGUGACUCUGAGAGAAACAUCUUGAAAGAAAAUGACAUCCUGAGAUUCCCCAAACUCGCCGAAACUUACCAGAAGAUAGCAGAGGAGGGGCCUGACGUGUUUUAUAACGGGACAAUGGCAGAGAUCAUAGUGGAGGACAUCCAGACGGCAGGGGGGAUUAUAACCCUGGAGGACCUGCUGGACUACCGGCCCGUGCUGAAUGAGAACCCCCCCAAGCUGAACGUGGGGGAGUACACCAUGCACGUCCCCGACGCCCCCUCCAGCGGCCCGGUGCUGGCUCUCAUCCUCAACAUAGUAGACGGUUACAACUUCACAGACACCAGUGUCUCGACAGCAGAGAAAAGGACCCUGACCUACCAUCGCAUCGUAGAGGCAUUCCGUUUCGCUUAUGCCAAGAGGAGUAGGCUUGGGGACCCACGCUAUCUCAACAUCACUGACCUCAUCCACAACAUGACCUCAGACUACUUUGCUGAUGGCAUCAGGAACAAGAUCACUGAUGACACCACUCAUCCAGACAUUUACUACGAGCCUGAUUACUUUGUGCCUGAUAACCACGGAACAGCACACCUGUCUGUCAUCGCAGAGGAUGGGAGUGCAGUGGCAGCCACCAGCACUAUCAAUUUAUAUUUUGGCUCAAAGGUCAUGUCGAGAUCAACUGGCAUCAUUUUCAAUGAUGAGAUGGAUGAUUUCAGUUCCCCAUACAUCACAAAUGGCUUUGGAAUCCCACCUUCACCGAACAACUUCAUCCAGCCAGGUAAAAGGCCCCUGUCGUCAAUGUGCCCGACCAUAAUCUUCGACAAAAGUAAUAAAGUGAAAAUGGUGGUGGGAGCCUCAGGUGGAACUCAGAUAACGACAGCCACAGCUCUUGUGAGUCAGUGUACACACACACACACACACACACACACAUGCUUACAGAACACGCACACACACAUGCAAACACACAUCCUUACAUGGGAUUCUUACAAUGCGACCGUUGUCUGUUUUACACAGGUUAUUCUGAAUUCCUUGUUCUUCAAUUACGACCUUAAAAAAGCUGUGACCGAACCCAGAGUUCACAAUCAGCUCAACCCAAACAUGACCGUGGUCGAGGACGGCUUUGAGAAGAGUGUUCUAGAUGGCCUGACACAGAAGAACCAUGUGACAGAGCUGCUGAGGUCUCCAGGUUCAGUGGUUCAAGCCGUGGUGCGGCACGGGGAGAGACUCUGUGCAGAGUCCGACCCCAGGAAAGGAGGCUAUCCGGCGGGAUACUAA